UCGAGGGGAUUUAUGUUUAUGGAAAAUCUAUUUUUAUUCUAAUAACCAAACGGAGAACGUUUCUAUCAAAAUGCUAACAAAUUUACGUGGCGUCUCUCCGCUAUCGGAAACAAUGUCGGAUAACACGUUUGAGAGACAGCAUGCCUUAAAAGCUACUAUAACGAAGUCACCAUCCUUGAAUCCAGUGUUUGCGGUAAAACCGGGUAUAUUGAAGAAUUAUUCAGAUAAAAACGGGAAUGAUGUUAGCAAAAGUGUUCAGAAAGGCGGCAGGAAGACGUUUGUGUUUUGGACGCUGGUUUGUUUGCUGUUUGUUUUAGCCAUCGGUAAUCUUCUGCUCACCUUUACAAUAAUAGCUGUCCUCAGACUUGGACACGGUCUAGAAAGCAUGGAGUUCCUCCCAGAACACAAUGCUAUAAAGUUCUUUGGCAAAACGAACCUGGAUCACAUUUACAAGAAGGAUGGAGUAAUUGAAAGUUUUCGGGACGUUCCGAUGACUUUGAGCAGCGAUAAUGGAUCUGUAAUGGUCAAUUUGCAGUCGAGGCUCUCACGUCAAGAUACCCACCUGAUAGUGAACACCUCUGGGGUUUUCAUCCGCGGCGUCAACUCUUUCGAGCUGGUGGAACCCGCUACUGGUGAGCGCGUCUUCAGCACGAACGACGCGCGUAUAUCGCUCGCUCAGCCGCUCAAUAACUUGCUGGCCAAGCAAAUAUCUACCAAGCGUCUCUCUUCUCCGGUUGACGAGGACCUGCUUAUCCGUUCAGACACCUCUCUCCACCUUCAAGGAGCUGAAGGCACUAGGAUGGAAAGCAAGGACAUCCACUGGAACGCAGAUCAGGAUAUACACCUUAAAUCCAUCAAUGGUUCUAUAGUCUUAAGCGGAAAGGAGGGGGUAUUUAUUGACGUCCGGUACCUUCCUAUAGCAAUGCCUCUAAAUAGGGAUAAUAGAGGCGUAGGGCAAUUCAAAGUAUGUGUCUGUAUGCCCCAGGGGAAAUUAUUCAGAGUCGCUGUACCUACGGGGCAAAAAGUAACAUGUUCUCAUGUUAAUAUGACUGGUGAUUUAAAUCCGUGUUUGUAAUUCAUCCUUUUCGUAGUUGCAAUAAAGAGCAAGAGUAACAUGUUAUAUAUUCGUGGUCGUUUAAGGUACCUUGCUUAGAUAUGGUAACUGGUGCAAUUUAAAGAGAUUUUGUACAAACGGGAAAUUUUUAAGAGUUGCUGCUCUACGGCGCUCGGCUUGAUUAUUUCUACAGAAAAAAUAUUUCACAGUAGAGAUUACCUAUGGAGUAAUUAUAACAAAUAACAUCGUUGACCCGUCUUCGGGGACCGUCUGAUCACUAUCUGAUCCGCAGCAUCGUACUGAUCAUGAAUUGGCGAGAGACUUGUAAAUAAUUGUUAAAGCCUGCCAUUCCGCUACUACACAGAGACGAUGACGCUGGCACAUGAUGUGAAAGAGAAAGCUGAUGGAAGCUGGCUCCUGGGCUGGCCUUAUAGCAUCCAAGUCGACUCUUGAUGACCAAGGUGCACCACCACCGCAUAUUCCGCUUUGCGACUCAUACAUACAUCCCGAAGAUAAAAUUCCGGCAUAGCACAUUUCACCUUGGGCAUUCAUAUAUCGAGCGGGCCAGAUGGCAUUCCUGCGAUAUCCCGGCAACGCACCUCUUCACCCCUGGUGUUACGGAUGUACAUAGACGCUUGCCUCACCAUAUGCGAUCAAGUGAGUCUCCUGCCCGUUUGUCCAAUUUUUUUUUAUUUAAAAGUAAGAUUUACUGUUUGUAAUGUAUUGUAACUGAUGCAGUAUGAAUGUUUUUGUAUGCCCCAAGGUAAAUUGUUUAGUUAUGCCCCAAUAAUGGGGUUAUAGGGUCCAUCAGUUACAAUACAUUACAAACAGUAAAUGUUACUUUGCCCCAUAUUAAUGGGGCAUAAUAUAACAUGUUAAUUGGAGACCGUAUGAAGCUAUAUUAGUAAUUAAGUGUUUAGUAAAUUACUUACUAAGUAGGUUUAAUUUAAGAAGUAUUAUAGCACAACGUUAUAAUAGCGGGUAUUAUAUCAUAAUUACUUUUUUUAUAUCUUAAAUAAUAUGUUGCAAAAAAUAUAAUAUGUAUAUAUGUAACAGGAAAGUGUAGUGGAUGUAAUUUUUUUUCUAAAAUAUGGACUAUUGAAUUGAUUACAUCGAAAUAAAUUGUAUAAUUUUAUGAUUCGUUUACAAUUGUAUUAUACGUUGGUAUAUGUGUAGACAUUCAACUUUUGAUAAACGACGAAAACUUUGAGGGCCUGUCAAAACAUAUUGUUUAUUUUUUUCUGUCUUUCUUUUCCACUAACAGAGAAAUAUCUCUUAUGCUAUGUAUACUGACAGGUCUGGUUAAUUGCUGGUUAUGUAGAUACUGAGUUUCGACAUUAAUAACCAUUUAUGUUUCCGAUAGAAAAAUAAAACAUUAAAAUAAACGUAAAAGCGAUGUCUCUUGUUACACUACUAAAUGACGACGUAUUUGAAGAUCUAUUAAAAUAAUUCUGGCAGCCGGAUUCUAUGUUUGACACUUAAAUUUGCCACGCGUUAUCCUUAUCCAGCUGUUAGGUCACGCUCGUAUAUCUAUGGUCAAACUAGUCCCAGCCAACCAAUAUAGAACGUCAUUGCAGCCAACUGAAAAUGCUGCAAAUGCAAAUUGCCAUCAUGGUCCGAGAGCUGCCACCAAUUAACCACCAACGAACGAAUUAAUCUGUCAUCGCAUCCGCCUUUCGUUCUAUAGAGUUUAGUCUAUGGUAGUGCAAGAGUGUCAAUAAGAAAUGUCACUGUCAGAUCAAGCGCGGUUAAAUUCAGGAAACAUCGUGUACAAUGUCACCAACUUAUCUGUGAACUGAUGGGUGUCGCCAUCGUUGUUUCAGUGUUGCUAAUUAAUUCCAUUGUACACAAAAGUCGGGGCAUAUUUAACGCUUAAAAUCCAGAAGUAUCACAAUAAAACACACGGAACACUCGAAAGUAGUAGACACUGACAUUCGAAUGACAUUUCAACAUUCAUUCAUGCGAAAGUAGUUCUUAUUUUUGCCACUUCACUGAUAAGUUGGUAUUACUGUAAAUGGUAUUUUGUAAAAUAAAACGAGUAAAUCAGGGGAAAACAGCAGUUUCUAUUUAAAUCCCUACACGUCCUAUAAAUAGAAGUGUUAAGAAAACCCUGGUCUUGUCAUGCUUUAGUCAUUGGCAACAGUCACUAUGUGAAGUACACAUAAAUUAAUUGUUGUAUUACUUAUAAGUUACUUAUUAAAUGUUUGAUACAUAUCUA